AUGCCAAGGGAUUCGUUUGGAAGAACCGUGCUGAUGGGGGCCCUGAAGCUAAGAGUGUCUGAAGUGAUGUGCCUGCAGGGAAACGCAAUGGAGGAGGCCUACGACGUUACUUUACACACAGAAGCAAUAGGGGCUUUCCUGAGUAGGUUUUGUGACGUGACGUCUGGGGCGAGGUACGUGAAGGACUCGUUGGGGUUCUGGAAUGGUCGCCGCCAGUUCCAGGUUCUGCUGAGGCCAGAUAAAGGAGGUUUAGACGGAUUCCUCCAUCCCCCGGCGGUCUUUUCACUGGGCUCAGACAGGGGGAUGCUUUUCUACACACGUCAACCCCCUUUUGCAAAGGACUGUAGGGAGCCGAAGGAGUGCCACGGGUGUGGUAGUAGGCUGCACCUGUUCCGAGACUGCCCGUCCCGUCGGCAGUCAUAUGCCGAGGCGGCGGCGGGGAGGAAGGAAGGAGGGGAUUCUGCGGAGGAACAACUGGAGAAAAAGGACCCUGGGUCUAGGGAGAAAGACUCAGAGAGGAAGGAGCAGGAGAGAAUGUCCUCACCAACGCCCACUCCACGAGCCAGGGCCAGGAAAGAGGUGGCAUCAGGGCCGUCAGUGGAAGGAGGUGAGGGGUCCGCUAUCAAGCAGCCGGAGGUGGAGGCGGGUGGCGGAAUGGAGGAGAUGGGCUCAUCACUUGAUGGGGUGGAGGGGCUUGGGGCCCUGGUAGAAAUGGUUGAAAACCUUCCUGUGUUGGGGUCAAGGGCAGGGGAGUGGGCCUCAGACUCUGGGGUGCUGCUGGAGCUCAGGCAGGAUGGGAAGGAACCAUCAGUAGGGAGGGUGAUCCCGGAGCUGGAGCAGGAACCCUACAUCGGCAAAAAGAAGAGGACGAAGCGAAAGGGUGAUGUGCAGAAAGAGGUGGGAGGCUUAGGGGAAGGGACAGGCAAGCGUGCGAUGGGGGUUAAAGACAGUGCCGCUGAAGUGGCCCCCCUGUCCUCACAGGGCUCAUCCCUCCCUUUACCCCUAGAGGAAAUGGACAUGACGGCCUCUACUCUCUCUCUGCAUCCUGGGGAUGGAGGGUCGCAAGGCUGUUCAGAGAAGCCGGAAACCUCCAUCCCCAACCCUUUCCCGGCUUCGUGGGCAGAUGACUUGGGGGUCUUAGAGGAAGGGGGAAACGGAGUGUCCCAAGUUGUGUGCGAGCAGGUGGUCUCAUCUGAGGAGGACCUGGGGUUUUGGAAGUUAGAUCGGGAGGUGCUGGAUGAGCAAGCCUUUGUUAAUGCCUUUAUUGGUGUGUUUCGGGGGCUUGAGGGCCUCCGGUCCAUGUGCGAGGGGGUAUUGGAGUGGUGGGACUUAGUCAAG